GCGCGAGGAGAGAGAGAGAGAGAGAGAGAGAGAAACACGGAAGAGAAGUAAGCGAGUGAGGGACGACAAGACGCUCGAGUCUGAACUUUGGCUGCGAGGAGAGACCAGAAAGAAGCCAAAUAUUCCGUCCUCAGCUCGAAGAUGCCGCGGGUCGUCCCGGACCAGAGGAGCAAGUUUGAGAAUGAGGAGUUUUUCCGCAAACUGAGCCGCGAGUGUGAGAUUAAAUAUACUGGCUUCAGAGACCGGCCCCAUGAGGAGAGGCAAGCCCGCUUCCAAAACGCAUGCAGGGACGGACGGUCAGAAGUAGCCUUUGUAGCUACAGGUACCAACCUCUCUCUUCAGUUUUUUCCAGCCAGCAUGCACGGAGAACAAAGACAGGUUCCUACAAGGGAAUACGUCGACUUUGAGAGAGAGGCAGGGAAGGUCUAUUUAAAGGCUCCUAUGAUCUUGAAUGGAGUUUGCGUGAUCUGGAAAGGUUGGAUCGACCUACAGAGGCUGGACGGGAUGGGUUACCUGGAGUAUGACGAUGAGAGGGCGCAGCACGAGGAGGCUUUGGCCCAGGCAGCAUUUGAAGAUGCUCGGCGCAGAACCAGAGAAUUUGAUGACAGAGACAGAUCGCACAGGGAGGACCUAGAGGACCCUGUGGUUUCUAAAAUCUGGGACUGAUGACACACAGACAGACAGCCAGCAGAAAAGAACAGGUCCAGACGACAGCAGGACCCCAGCCCUGGCUCAAACAUGGCCAACGCUGACGUGGAACACAAGAUACGCUGAGGAGGAGGCGAAAAAGAAAGGGGAGUGUUGGCUGUCCGUUCACUUUCAAUAUAAGCAACUGGAAGAAAAAAACAAAAUCAGCUGGAACUGUGGUUGAUGUAACAGUGUUCACAUGCCAAACAGAUUUACAGAUUUAGAAGAAAAUAAACUUCCUGAAUGAUUGACAAGCUCAAACACACACACACACACAUAUAUAUACUCAACAAAAAUAUAAACGCAACACUUUUGGUUUUGCUCCCAUUUUGUAUGAGAUGAACUCAAAGAUCUAAAACUUUUUCCACAUACACAAU